UAUUUACAUUUGCUAUUGGUGGCAAUGGUCAAGAUUCGCGAUCUUCCUGAAGAAGUUGUUAUCCUUAUCUUUAGUUAUCUAAAACUCCGAGAUCGAAAGGUAGCAUCCCGGGUGUGCCGCCAAUGGAAUCGUCUAGCAUUCACAGACCGGCCCAUGAGGACCGUCGCUCUACACGUAGUAGACUACCUCAGUCCGAAGGACCGGAAAAUCCUGCUCAAAAGCAACCGCUGCUAUCGCAAUCUAACACUGGAAUGGACCGAAGCCUCCAGUGUUCCAUUUAUGGUGGAUGUUGUCGGUAGAUUUGGCAAUGAUCUGCACUCGCUCAAACUGGCUACCUACGUCGUCACACCGCCGAUUCUAGUGAGAUUCCUACUGAAGACACCCAACCUAAAACAGCUCAUCAUCGAAGGCAGUAUGUGCAGCGAGGACUGCGAUAUGGUGCUGCCGGCGUUCAAAGACGUUAAGGCACUGGAAAUGAGCCAGAGAGGAUUCGAAAGCGAGCUAUGCGAACUAAUUCCUAGCAUGUUUCCCAAUUUGAUUUCGCUGGAUAUGCUCGGUGCUGAAGAUGCUGCCAUCGAUUUGAUUGUAUCGUAUGGGAAACAGUUGAAGUAUCUGUAUGUUCUAUUGGAAUACUCGCAAUUUCGGAGGUUUUCCACUUUGAACUGUUUGGACAAUUUGGAGAGAAUGCAUGUGUCUUGGCCUCAGCCAAGCGACUUUAGACAGGUUGUCAGCGUUUUUGGGCGGAUGGAAGCGAUUCAGGGUGCUUCCCUUACCGGUCCACUGAAUGAAGCAACAUUCGAACUGAUCUGCAGCAGAUGGAAAAACCUUACGAGUUUAUGUGUGAACGUACACUCGCUCAAAGCUGCAAGCUUUCAAAAUAUUACAGCACUACACAAGUUGAGAAUUUUAAAACUUCAAGGAUCGAUUAGAGAUGGUAACUUUUUGAAGGAUAUUCAACUGCCGAAAGUAACCCAUUUGAUACUGGACGGAAUAUCGACCACCAAUGGGUUCUAUCAUCAUAUGUCUAGCUUUGUACCGAACUUGUGGAUGCUGAAAAUCUACGAUCAUACGUUCGAAAAUGCUCAAUUACGGUUACUAACGAAAACUAUGACCUCUCUAAGGGUGCUUGCCUUGGAUUACUGUUAUCAGAUCAAAGACGAUGGAUUCCAGCUGCUCAACAAUCUGACAAAUUUGAUCGAACUGCGCUGUUGGUCCAUUUCGAUUUCGGAAAAUGCAUUUAUUCGUUUCCCCAAGUGUCCUAACCUCCGGACGCUCAGCAUAGGCGGUAGCGGAUGGGUACCAUAUAUAACAAACAAAACAGUGCUGGAUAUCCCGAAGGUGUUCCCCAACUUGAAAGAGCUACACGUGGUGGACUGCUUCAAAGUGGACGAAGAUACGAUUUACACACUGCAGGAGUGCAUGCGGAAAUGUGCAGUGGUUAGAUUGGAAAAACCGGAGCUGGACCGGGAUAUGGAGGCCGUUUGGAGUUGGAAUUACUGUGAUAAAUAACUGCUACCUACUUCGAAGCAAUCAAUGUUGGCGUUCUACCUAACUUAUGCUUGUAAAAAUA